UCCUUCCUUUUGACCAAGGUGUCUCUGUUGCUCCAUAAAUAAAACGUCGCACCGACUUCUGUCUGCGCUAUAAAGGCUGCGGAGCGGCUGUCCCGGGGCAUUCCGGGCGGAGCGCAGGAGCGAAGCAGGUCAUGGCAGCGCCGGGCAGCAGAUCGGAUCCGCCGCAGCUACCAGAGUACAGCUGCAGCUACGUGUUGUCGCGGCGGGUCUACAACGAGCUCGCCUUCCAGCAACAGCACGAGCGGCGCCUGCAGGAGCGCAGGACUCUGCGGGAGAGCCUGGCCAAGAGCUGCAGUUGUUCAAGAAAGAGAGCUUUUGGUGUGCUAAAGUCUCUCUUGCCCAUCCUGGACUGGCUCCCCAAAUACCGAAUCAAGGAAUGGCUGCUCAGUGAUAUCAUUUCAGGAGUUAGUACUGGACUUGUGGGUACACUGCAAGGAAUGGCAUAUGCUCUGCUAGCUGCAGUUCCUAUUGGAUAUGGCCUCUACUCUGCUUUUUUUCCUAUCCUGACAUACUUCAUCUUUGGAACAUCAAGACACAUUUCAGUUGGACCUUUCCCUGUGGUCAGUUUAAUGGUGGGAUCUGUUGUUCUAAGUAUGGCCCCCGACGAACAAUUUCUCAUGUCCAGCAAUAAUGGAAGUACCUUGAAUACUACCAUGCUAGAUACAGCAGCCAGAGAUACUGCAAGAGUAAUGAUUGCAAGCACCCUUACCCUUUUGGUUGGAAUCAUACAGCUGGUAUUUGGAGGUUUGCAGAUUGGAUUCAUAGUGAGGUACUUGGCAGAUCCAUUGGUUGGAGGAUUUACAACAGCUGCUGCCUUCCAGGUACUGGUCUCGCAGCUAAAGAUUGUCCUCAACGUUUCAACCAAAAACUAUAAUGGAGUUCUCUCCAUUAUCUAUACUCUGGUAGAAAUUUUUCAAAAUAUUGGUGAGACAAAUCUUGCUGAUUUCAUUGCUGGAUUACUCACCAUUGUCAUCUGUAUGGCAGUUAAGGAAUUAAAUGAUCGAUUUAAACACAAAAUCCCAGUUCCUAUUCCUAUAGAAGUAAUUGUGACCAUAAUUGCCACUGCCAUUUCAUAUGGAGCCAACUUAGAAAAAAAUUACAAUGCUGGUAUUGUUAAAUCCAUCCCAAGGGGGUUUCUGCCUCCUGCACUCCCCCCGGUGAACUUGUUUUCCAAGAUGCUGACUGCAUCAUUUUCCAUCGCUGUGGUGGCUUAUGCUAUUGCGGUAUCUGUAGGAAAAGUCUAUGCCAUUAAGCACGACUAUACCAUCGAUGGGAACCAGGAAUUCAUUGCCUUUGGGAUCAGCAACAUCUUCUCAGGAUUCUUCUCUUGUUUUGUGGCCACCACUGCCUUGUCCCGGACAGCUGUCCAAGAGAGCACAGGGGGAAAGACACAGAUUGCUGGCAUCAUCUCUGCUGGGAUUGUGAUGAUCGCCAUUGUUGCCCUGGGGAAGCUUCUGGAACCCUUGCAGAAGUCAGUCCUGGCAGCAGUUGUAAUUGCCAACCUGAAAGGGAUGUUUAUGCAGGUGUGUGAUGUUCCUCGUUUGUGGAGGCAGAAUAAGACUGAUGCUGUUAUCUGGGUAUUUACAUGCAUCAUGUCCAUCAUUCUGGGGUUGGACCUGGGCUUACUAGCUGGCCUUCUAUUUGGACUAUUGACCGUGGUCCUGCGAGUUCAGUUUCCUUCAUGGAAUAGCCUUGGAAGCAUCCCUAGUACAGACAUCUACAAAAGUAUCAAGCAUUACAAAAAUAUUGAAGAACUUGAAGGAGUGAAGAUUCUUAGAUUUUCGAGUCCUAUUUUUUAUGGCAACGUCGAUGGUUUUAAAAAAUGUAUCAAGUCUACAGUUGGAUUUGAUGCCAUUAGAGUAUAUAACAAGAGGCUGAAGGCAUUGAGGAGAAUACAGAAACUCAUCAAAAAAGGACAGUUAAGGGCAACAAAGAAUGGCAUCGUUAGUGAUGCUGGUUCAUCAAAUAAUGCUUUCGAGCCUGAUGAAGAUAUUGAAGAUCCUGAAGAACUUGAUAUCCCAACCAAGGAAAUCGAGGUUCAAGUGGAUUGGAACUCUGAGCUUCCAGUCAAAGUGAAUGUUCCCAAGGUACCAAUCCAUAGCCUUGUGCUUGAUUGUGGAGCUAUAUCUUUCCUGGAUGUCGUUGGAGUGAGGUCAUUGCGGCUGAUUGUCAAAGAAUUCCAAAGAAUUGAUGUGAAUGUGUACUUUGCAUCACUUCAAGAUCAUGUGAUAGAGAAGAUGGAGCAAUGUGGCUUCUUUGAUGAUAACAUUAGAAAGGACACAUUCUUUCUGACUGUUCAUGAUGCUAUAAUCUAUAUACAGAACCAGGUUAAAUCCCAAGAUGGACAAGAUUCCAUUUUAGAAACGAUCACCCUCAUUCAAGAUUGUAAAGAUCCUCUUGAAUUAAUGGAAGCGGAGUUGACUGAGGAAGAACUUGAUGUCCAGGAUGAGGCUAUGCGUAGACUUGCUUCCUGAAAGUGGGAUCAGGAGGUCACUCACUGUAAACAAGGACUGCAAGGCAUAAUUUACCCAACAAUAUCAUUAUAUGCAAACAUUUUCUGCAUUGAUUAUUUCUUUGGACUUGAAACACUUCAUUCUUUUCCUUUUGCAUUUUUUUAAGUCAUUGAGUUUUUUAACCUCUUAGUCAUUAAAUGAUGAAAACAUUUAGAUAAUUUCUGUGCCUUAUUUAUUUAGUAAGCAGCUUACCUCUAAAAUGUGCAAAGUGGCAAGGAGAAUUGCCCAGGCAAAUUGGUAAUGUCCAGGAUCUGCUGACAUUGUAAGAUGCUGCAAAUCUGUCAUGCAGAUGAACUAGCAAUGUGCACCAGGUUACUGGCAUAUCUCUGUUCAAUCAGAGUAAGUGUUGACCUAAUAGCUUCUGUGGGCGGGUGAGUCAGGAAGGACUAAUCAUAAAGAAAGAUCUAUUUCUGAUUGACCUUGAUAUCCAUGAGCUGCACUGAUCACAGAGUAAAGGCACAUUCAGAAAAUGCUGAAAUGCAAUUAUUCAUGCUUUUAUCAAUAAUAGCCUUUUUGCAAAAUAAGUCAAAGUUUUUAAAAUGCAAGUUUGGUUAGUACUUAGUAAUGAAGUGUUGUUAUAUGUGACCAGAUAUAUAACCAGAAUUUAGGAUCUCUUUAAUGCUGGACAUGGUUCACUUAAAAACUAUUAGAAUGGGGCUCAUAUAUUUUAAAAAUAUUGGGGCAGAGAAGUGAGAUUUUCAUGGCUUAUAGAAAUAAUUUUUUGAUAUGAUAACAUCAUAGAUCACAAUUAAGAUCAAAGAAAAUAAAAUACGAGACAGACUAGCUUAAAAAUGAAGUUUUAACUUAUCCUUAUAGAAAUGCUCAUUGUGUGAAACUUUAUAUAGGUAUGAUAUAUUGAAAACUGCUAUUAUGAGCAAAACCAAUUUUGAUAUAAGAUCAUGAUGAUUAAAAUUAGCUUAUAUUUUUCUCCACUUAUCAGUACAUAAAGUAAUAUUUAAUUGAAUUCUAACUACUUUUCAAAAGAAAUCUAAAAAUAAAAUGUCUAUAGUAGUCUGUACUUAAAAUGAGUGAACUCAAAAGGAAAAAAUGGUUUGGAAUAUAUACUUUGGGAAUAGAUACUUUAAAAAAAUCCAUAUCUUAAGCCAGCAAAUUUUAUCUUUCAUUUUUACUUAGUCUUUUCCAAAUACAGUUCUAGGUAUUAAUGUAUAAUAUAUAGGUUGGAGUGAAGUCACCAUUUCCAGAAACAAAUAAGUACUUAGGUCUUCAGUUGAGCCAGUGUCCUGCUUGAUUGAGGGCUAUAUUUCCCUUUAGCACAGGUGUGUGAAAUUCCCAAAUGUGUUUGGUUAUCCAAAGGUACAAUGUGUCAUCUCUGUUUUUUUUUUUUUCUUAAAUAAAAUCAGAAACCAUGUUCCCACUUCUGAAGGAAGAUGAUCAGUGAUAAUAUAAAAUUAGGUGAUCCUGAAUUGUGAUUAUAUCUAGUUGUGGCAAAACCAGAAUUAUAAUGCUAUCUCAUUUUCAUAGUGAUACCUGAUUAUAAGGGCAAAAAUUAUCUCUAAAGAGUGAAUGUAAUAGUCUUGCAGAAAAUGAAAGAAUACCUCUGUUCAAUAGAGGGAAUGUGUGCACUGCUCUCUCUCUCUCUCUCUCUUUCUCUCUUUUUUUUUUUUAAGGAGAUACCAAAGUUCCAUUUUAUAAGUUGGAUUUUUGUAAAAUCUUGGGUCCAUUUGCGACUAAGAAGACCAGUCUUACUUGUUUCACCUGCACACUCUAGAAAUACUCUCCUAUGCAUUUUGUGAAUAGCAAGUAUACCCUUAAUUCUGUAUUGUCUAUGGAAAUUUUACUUGAAAUUAAAACUAUCUCUGUCAUAUUCUAACCUAUAGGAUGAUUGUAGUAUUACAUAUGAAUUUUAAUAGCAAGUAAAAACCUUAAAUCAUGUAAAUUUGAAAAUAUUUACACAUAUAUUUAAUAAUUGCAAAGUUGCCUUUUUCUGAAGUGUGUCUUUUCUGAGAAAAACUAUUAAACAUAAUUUUAAAAUCCCA